AUGAAGUUGCUCUCAAGUCUGAUCGUCGCCCUUGCGGCCCUCCCUGCGGCUUUGGCUAUGAAUCAAAAGAUGUCGGCUAUUGUGUCUUUUGACGAGCCCACGCCCGAUAUCGUAAUAGAAGAGGCAAAAAAUUUCCUAGUAGAAGCCGGAGGGAAAGUUAUUCAUACUUAUACGAUCAUUAAAGGAUUUGACGUCAUCGCACCAGAGAAGGCGUUGCAGAUAGUGCAGGCGUGGGAUACAGGUCACAGCAUGACGGUUGAAGAGGUCAAGGAGGCUACAAUUCACUCUAUGCACGUUCCAGUGCCUGCCAGCGUGGUACUACACCUACCGGACCUGUCUUAUGAUAGUUAUGCUGUCACUAGAAAUAAGGGCCGCGCGCGCCGUGCCUUCAAAAGAGCUUGGGCUUGCAUAACAAUGGCUCCUCCGUCUGCAACAAAGGCAAUGCCCACAUAUAGUCCCCGCGCGCAGGCUGCUCUUCUUAAGUCUGCGAAUCAUGUUUUUGAUUUAAACCAAGCUGCCGAAUCCCUCGAUGAAUUAACAAACGGCAUUAUGCUUGCCCACAUCCUCCAUGAAUUAGAUUCCGAAUUCGAUCCAUCACACCUUGAGUCAAGCCAUGGCACCUCUAAGUACCUGACCAACAAACGAAACAUUCAGGCCGUUUAUAAAGGUCUCUUCAGAUUUAUACGUCAGCAAGUCCCUGAGCUCAGCUGCCAAGCAAAAAAGUUCGAUUAUCAUGCUGUGGCAGAGAACCCCGAGCCUCAGGGCAUCAGCCAGCUCCUUGCCGUCAUGGUAUCUGCUGCUGCUAUGGGCCCCGACAACGGCAAAUAUGUUCCUAGAAUACAACAUGGUCUCGACCGUGAAAAUCAGGCGGAGAUUAUGCAAAUCAUUCGAGCAAUGCAACAAGAUAUCUCCAAUUAUAAGGACGAUGAUGACCUGGAUGAGGCUAUCGAUGCGGUCAUGGAAGCGAGGGACAUUGAUCUACUAGUAGAAGAGCAAAAUGCCGUGCUUCGACAACGGCUUGACAGCACAAAGAAGAAUCUUUCGGAUUACAUUACUCGUUUGGAAUACCUUCAGCAGAGCCAUGAAGAGCUAAAAUAUGAAAAGGAAAAAAACGAUCGUGAACUCGAGGUUCUACGAAAAGCUACGCAAGACGGCGUCAACAGUGCAGAAGCUAUCAAACUACUUGAGGCUCAGGUCCACGAGCAAAUGGAAAUCAUAACGAAGAAUGAAGAGACUAUCCGUAAUCAUGAUCGAGUUAAAUCUCAGCUAGAGGGCGAGGUUCAAAGAUUGAACCAGAAGAGCAUCCAGGCAGACGAACUCAGGGAUCAGGUAGCAGAGUGGAAGCACAAAGCGGAGGAGUUUGAAAAAAAAGCAAAUACAGCGGAGAGAUACAAGCAGAAACUUGAGUCUCAGCAACACCUUGCUAAAGAAGUCCAAAAUCUGCAGUACGAAAAGGCCGAGUUGCAGGAACAGCUGCGCUUUCUCGUGGAUGACAGAGAGAAGAAUGAGAGGACCCGGAAAGCCGAGGAUGAACUCACUAAAAUGAUUACACAGUCCGAGCAACACCUGUGGGAUGAGCGCAAUCAAAAGAACCAGCUCAUUAAAGACGUUGCUGCACUGGAGGAGGAGCUAACGAGAUUAAAGGCUCAAAGAACACACGAUGAAAGGUUUAUUCAGGACUUGCAAGAACAGGUGCAACAAGGGCCAGAUGGGGUAACACAAGACGGCAACGUUGCCGCACUCUCCGGGGCGUUUAGUUUGGAGGACGAGUUGAAUAAUGCGACCGACGAGGAUAGACAGACCAAUCUUCCGUUAGAAUUGUCUCGCUUGAAGGCUGAAAAUGAACUUCUAAGACGAACACUUGGAUCAACAGGCGAUGCAGCCCUUCUCAGGCGUGAGCUUGAAGAGCAACGCCGGCAGCGGGAUCGUCUCCAGCAGAAUUUUAAUGACAUUUUCGAAAAGCAUACAUUAUCUCAAGAACAAAUUACGGCUUUGAUAAGUGACUCCACGAAUGAAGGGUCCGAAGCAUUCAUUAAUUUGCGAACUCAGCUCGUCGGGUCACAGGAAGAGCUUGAUGCAAUCAAAAGACGAGCCGCCGAGCUGCAAUCUAAGGUUUCAGAUAUGAAUCGAGAGCUGAUUGCAGCCAAAGCAAAGCUUUCGGCCGCAGAAAAGGGCGGAACCGAGGCUAUUGAUGAGCUCAAGAGCACCGACAAACUGAUCUCCGAAUCCCUCAAGGCAGAGCUGGACAGGCUAAGGGAGGAGUACAACUUUGUCGUCAGUGAACGGGACGCUCAGAAGUCUCAGCUGAUUGAUGCACUUCUGGCCAAGGACAGGCUCAGAAAAGAGGUCGAAGAAACAAAAGAAUUGCAAGAGAGCUCAAUGGCUGGGUCAGCGGAUGCAGAUAUGUCUGAGACGAUGAGGAAAUCGAGUGAAAAGAUAGAAAAACUGCGUACACGCCUCAAGGAACGAAAACUGUUACGGCUGGCUGGACUAGUCCUCAAAGAUGGCAAGCGAAGUGGAAGACUUCGCUUUCUUUGCCGCAAGUUGCUGUUUAUCCAGUUGCAACUUGAACAAUCGGAGCAAGAAAAACUUGACUUGCAAAAUCGUCUCAAGGCAGCUCAAGGCGGCGAGGCUUCGGUUGGCCAAAGGGCUGCUUCUGAUGAGCUUAUGAAGAACCUUCAAAGAGAGAACGCUCUCAUCGCAACAGCUUGGUUUGAUCUCGCAAGCCGACUGCAGAGCAACCAUGUUGUAGUUCAGCGGCGGCAUGACGCGCCAAGAAGCUGGCUGAACAAGCAGAGGCAGAUGGUCAAUGUCUUCCAGCGACUCCGCGGAGAUAGGAUCUCAUGGUUUGAAGCCGCCGUGAUCCACCCCAGCACUGUAUUCACCUAA